GGUAUAAAGCCAGCAAGCUUUGAGAAAGUUACCGAUCCUGAAAUUAAGGAGAUAAUUGGGGAGUGCAUUUGCAAAAAUAAAGAAGAAAGAUAUGAAAUUAAAGAUUUAUUAAGCCAUGCCUUUUUUGCUGAAGAUACUGGGGUAAGAGUGGAACUUGCAGAAGAAGACCAUGGUAGGAAAUCCUCUAUUGCCUUAAGACUCUGGGUAGAAGAUCCUAAGAAACUGAAAGGAAAACCCAAAGAUAAUGGAGCCAUUGAGUUUACUUUUGAUCUGGAGAAGGAAACUCCUGAUGAUGUUGCACAAGAAAUGAUUGACUCUGGAUUUUUUCAUGAAAACGAUCUCAAGAUAGUUGCGAAGUCAAUACGUGACAGAGUAGCACUAAUACUAUGGAGAAGAGAGAGAAUUUGGCCGAGGAUGCAGUCAGAAGAACGUCGGGACUCUGAAUGUCUGGAGAAGUUGAAGACGCCGCAGGCGCAGCAGGUCCAGGUCACUUACCUUUCUCACACUGGUCACCAUGUCCUGUCGGAGUCGGAGGAGCCUGAGGCAGACCAGCAUCCCUUCCAGCAAAACCUGCCCACCAGCGUCACAUCUGUUGCCUCCGACAGCACAUUUGACAGUGGCCAGGGGUCCACUGUUUAUUCCGACUCCCAAAGCAGCCAGCAAAGCGUCAUCUACUCGUCCCUGCCUGAGCCAGUCCCCCCAGCUCUCCAGCGGGUGUACAGCCCCCCUUUGAGCGAGAGCCAGCCUGCGCCCCACAGCCUUCAGCAGCUGGGCCACUACCAGCAGCCCUCAGGACCUGGCCUCCCCGCAGUGCAGCCUGCGCCCCAGGUGCUGUCCCAGCGGCCUCAGCACUACCAGGAGCCGGCGAUGCCGUUCCCCGUCGUCCAGCCCAGCACUGUCGCCUCCCUGCCACUGGGACAGCCACAGCCUGUGCUGGCCAGCCAGCAGCAACAACCCAUAUCACAGCAGGCGUCUCUGCAGCAGGUGCUUGCCAGCCAGCCAGUUUGCCCACUCCAGCCUGCGACCCACCUCUUGCCCCAGUACUCAGCGCAGAGCUCUCAGGUGGCAGCCACCAGCACGCCGCUGAAACCCCUGCAGAUUUCCACCGUGCCACAGCUUCCGCCGGUGGCCCCUUCCCAGAUUCCUCAGUUUCCUGUCAUUCCUGCAAUCACUCCUCUGGCAGGACUUGACAGCCUUCCUCCAAACCUCUCUGAUUUACCUGCUGCAAACGUGCCCCCCAUCCCUGCUCCUUCUCAGUAUUUCGCUCCGGCCGUGAUUUUGCCCAGCCUCCCCAUGAACCCCACGCUGCCCCUGGCCCCCAACUCCCCUGCCCUCCCCAUGCAGGCCGUCAACCUGCCCCACACCACCGUGGCUUCUUUGGUCUUGCCCUGCCAAACAAUAGUGCCAAAUAUGUCGGCUGCUACGAUCCCAUUGCUUGCCGUGGCUCCACCGGGAGUGCCAGCGUUGCCCCCGCACCCCGGGGUGCCCCAGCUCUCCCAGCAGCAGAUGUACCAGACCACCUUCCAGCAGAUCAUUCAGAGCGAAGCGCCCUCUCCCCAUCACACGCAGAGCACGCAAGCAGUGUCUCAGCCGCAGCAACCUCCACCUCCUCAGUCACUUCAGCCAAGCAUAAUCCAUCCUUCCGAACAGCCUCUGUCUGCGCCUGGGGCUGGGCACCAGCAGCUGCCUGGCCACCCGCAGUACGCGCUGGAAGCUGGAGCCCAGGCGCCCGUGCUGCCCGUGCAACCUUCGCUAGUCAUGUCGCCACCUUUGCAGUUGCAGCCUGACCCGCUGCCUCCCCGCGGCGCUCCGGAAGGCAUCGCCCAGCUCCAUGGCAGCCUUGCUACGGCGAGUCCGCCUGUCCCCAUAGAUCACCCUCUGCCUCUCCAGCCUUCUGCUCUGCUGCAGCUUCAGCCCGAGCUUGCCCAGCCGCUGGGUCAGCAGCUCCCAGCUCCCUGCUCAGCCGGCCAGGCAGUCGCAGAGACAUCUCAAGAGGAGCAGGCAAUACAGGACAAACUUCAGACUCUGUCACAGAGCUGUGAAAGCUACAUGAGUCCAGAUGUUGCUUCGGGUAAGGAGAUGAGUGACAGCUUUGAAGGAGCAAUUGGAAGUGGAAAACAGGAAGGAAAGUCUUCAAAGAAACAUAAAAAAUCUACACGCGCUCGUUCACGCCAGGAGAAGUCCAGCAGACCCAAACUGACCAUAUUAAAUGUUUGUAACACGGGCGAUAAGAUGGUGGAGUGCCAGCUUGAAACACACAAUCACAAAAUGGUGACUUUUAAGUUUGAUUUGGAUGGGGAUGCACCAGAGGAGAUUGCCACUUACAUGGUAGAGAAUGAAUUCAUAUUGCCAAGUGAAAAAGAGACAUUUAUUGAACAAAUGAAAGAUAUUAUUGAUAAAGCAGAAGAUAUGCUCAGUGAAGAUACAGAAGGAGAACGAAGUUCUGAUCAGGGCACGAGUCCCCAGCAAGAUACCGAUAGACUGGAAAUGAGCGAGGAGAAGCGGCAGUCUCAGAUGAAGACACCUGUGUAUCAACAAAACGUUUUGCAUACUGGGAAAAGGUGGUUUAUUAUAUGUCCUGUUGUGGAAAACCCUACCACUGAUGCACCAGAAUUUUCUCCGCCGGUACCUCAGAGUACACAGCAGUCUGAGGGUCCAGACCUGGAGCAGUCGGAUGAUCAGCAAGCAAGCUCUGCAGUGACAGAUCUGCCUGGUAUCUCGGCUGGUCAGCAGCCUACCCUACAAGCAGGUGUCUGUGACAGCCCCAUUGGAGCCUCUCCGUCUUUGGCACAAGUUCCUGCCGCAGCAGCUUCCACCGGCUUCCCAAGCCAGGCAGAGUUACCACCUCUGGCACCACUGGGAUCUGCUCCGAGUAUCUUAGAGCAGGUGGCCGCUAACGGAGGUCAGCUGGAGUAUUCUCCACUGAAGGCAGCGCUGCCUGCUCAGCCGGGCCCUCCAGCCCCCCGUGCUGCCAUGCUGGAGGAGCCUCCUGACACUCUCCUCGCUCCGCAGCAUCUGCCUCCACAGGCCGAUGAGGCCACGUGUGUCCCUGACGUGGAGAUAGCGUGUUGCAGUGUUGGGCCACACAAGUCGGUCCCAGCAGCUCCUGCCAAGGCAGCAGAUCUCUGCCCACUCCCUGUGCUCCCAGAAACCGUCGUUUUGGAGCGACAGCCUGCGGCGCAGGUCCCUCACCUGCCAGAGGCCAGCCAGCCCGGCGCGGUGCAGCCCUCCUUCGUGAGCCAGGCAUUCCCCGCAGCCGCUGUAGCAGAUCCUCUCACUCUGGCAGGGUCUCAGCUCCAGAGUCCAACUCAGGUGCCCAUGGCUGCGUCCCAGCAGCACACGCUGCUGUCCCAGCCUGUGGCCUGCGCCAGCACAGGGGUCAGCAUGCUGCCACAGCAGCAGCAGAGCACCGCCGAGUCCGAUGGAGAGGGACCGCCCAGGGUGGACUUUGUUGACAACACGAUAAAAAGCCUCGAUGAGAAAUUGCGCAAUUUACUUUACCAGGAAUACGUUCCUACUUCUUCUGCAUCGGCAGGGACUCCAGACACCUCUGUCCCAUUAGAACCGGGCGACGGUGAAUUUAACUUGCUGCCUUUCUCCGAAGAUCAAGUUCCCACAUUGGCAUUGGGUUUGAAAGAACCAGGCCAUCAUGUUGCAGAUGCCGGCCAGGAGGUGAAAGCUGCUGCUGAGGCCCCAUCGGUGCCACCCAUACCACCCGAGAUCUCGCCCUACCCGGCACUGUUUGAACAGUCAGAGGCUGCCAGCAUCGGUGCUCAUUCCUCAGAAGCAAGAGGUGGGUCAGCAAGCAGAAAAGGUUCAGCUGCAAGCAUCACUUCAGCACCUGCUGCUACAACACAAGGCCUCCUUCAGGUUGCACCUACAUCGUCAAGCAUAACAAAACAGAUGGAAACUUCUAAAAUGAGCGAGAAGGCAAAGACUAUGACUUCGCCUGCACACACAGAUAAUAUAACACAGAUAUCUACAGCAGAUGGGGUGAUAAAUAACCUUCACAGGGAUGACUCUCUAGACUCUGGUUCCUAUGGAAAACAGGCUGAAACUCACGCUAGCGGUACACCAGCCAAAACUAUUGGCAGGUUUUCAGUGAUCAGCACGCAAGAUGAAUUAACUUUACCAGCGCCACACUGCUUAAGGUUCUCGGCACCGCCAGAUGUCUAUUUGGAUGAGCUCCCUUCCAGCCCGGAUCUGAAGACAGCCGUCCGACGGGUGCAGACAGCUUCUUCUGUUGAUGUCCUCUGUGACCAGGGUUCGAGUGACUCUGCUGAUGAGCCUUUCCAUCGGCAGGCGGCUGCUGCUGCCCAAGUGUCCCCUCCGAGCAGCAGUACAGCCACUGACUUAAUUAAAAAAGCAGCUGCUUUUCUGCAAAGGUCUGGCAAAGCUGGCUCGCCAGGCCUCGACUCGCCGAACGGGCAAGGAACAAAGAUUCCUACCAUCAACAUAACGUCUUUCCACUCACAGUCGUCAUACAUGAGCAGCGACAACGACUCGGAAUUUGAAGAUGCGGAUAUGAAGAAAGAAUUGCAGAACCUGAGAGAAAAGCAUAUGAAAGAAAUUGCUGAACUUCAGACUCAGCAGAAGAAUGAGAUAGAGGCGCUGUAUAUUCGGCUAGGGAAACCUCUUCCUCCCAACCUGGGGUUCCUUCACUCAGCCCCACCAAGUGGCCGUCGCCGAAGAACCAGCAAAAAUAAAUUGAAAGGUGGAAAACUUUUAAACCCUCUGGUCCAGCAGCUCAGGAGUGGAACAUCAAGCACAAGUAAUCUUUCAGAUUCUAAAGACUCACCCCACAAAGAAACAACUAAAGCUCAGCCUGGAUCUCCUGAAGCAGCAGCAGCGACGUCCCCAGCAGCAGCAUCCUUUGGGAAGGCUGUUCAGACCCAGCAGCCCUGCUCCGUCAAAGCCUCUCUGUCCUCUGACAUCUGCUCCAGCGUUGGCCCUGAAGGAGGUGAUGGGAAUGCAAGCUCUGGCCAAGGCUGGACGGUUUUCCACCAAACGUCUGAGAGAGUGACCUAUAAAUCUAGUAGCAAACCUCGUACCAGAUUCCUCAGUGGACCUGUGUCUUUGUCCAUCUGGUCCACCUUGAAACGACUAUGUCUAGGCAAAGAUCACAGUAGUAGAUCCUCGACAAACAGUCUCGUAACGUGUCCUGAGCCCCUCCCGCAAUCAACCCUGCAGGUUCAGGCCAACAACAGUAACAACAAGAAAGGGACGUUCACGGACGACCUUCACAAGUUGGUUGACCAGUGGACAAGCAAAACUGUUGGAGCUGCACAGACAAAACCUUCCUUAAACCAACUGAAGCAGAACCAAAAAAGGCAAGACAUGGAGCCAAAGGCUAACCCCAUGCAAACGCAGAAUGAGACAUGUGGAGUUAAUUCGGUAAGAACAGGACUGGGGAAAAAGUGCGUUGCUCCAGCAUCUUGCCCCACGCCUGCCACGUUCGCUCCCGGAGCGUCACCGUCCCUGCCAGUGCCUCUGCCAGUUUGCGCUCUAGGGGGCACGGACACCUCUCUCCUGUUUGAAAGUUGCUUAUUUUUGCCCGUUUUACUGUGCAUAGAGUCUCCACCUGCACCUCUCGGUCUAAAGGCACAAGAUAACCACUAA